GUGAACUGCAACGAAGAUAUAAGUUUUAUUAUCGUUAUUUGACUUAAUCAUGAUAUCUAUACAGAAUCUGAUGAUUAGACCUAGAACAAUGUUAUUUUAUGUAAAAAGUAAUUGUUUUGUUCAAACGAUGGGGAGUGAAAGAAAACUUUAUCCAAAUUGUGAUUCCAACGUAUGGCUUCGGUCCUGUGGGGAGGAAAUUGUUGAACCAGUGAAAGGAACAAUCACAGGGUGCAUGCCGCCAUGGCUACGCGGGACGCUGCUACGAAACGGUCCGGGCUCGCUCAAUGUAGGCUCUAUGCGGUAUAAGCAUUUGUUCGAUAGUGCCGCUCUUUUACAUAGAUUUUCGAUCAACGAUGGCCAGGUUACAUACCAAUGUCGUUUCCUCCGAUCCAACACUUACAAGAAGAACCAGGCGGCGCAGCGGAUCGUCGUCACGGAGUUUGGUACGAAGGCUGUGCCAGACCCGUGUCAUACUAUUUUUGAUAGAGUUUCCGCCAUUUUCAAUCCAGCGGAAUCAAUAUCAGACAACGCCAUGAUAUCUGUGUACCCAUUUGGAGAUAAAAUAUAUGCAUUCACAGAAGGACCUGUCAUACAUAGGAUAGACCCCACAACCUUGGAUACAAUGGAGAGGAUAAAUCUUAUGGACCGAGUUGCUCUCAUAAACCACACAUCACAUCCACAUGUCAUGCCUAAUGGCGACGUAUAUAAUGUCGGAAUGUCUAUUGUUUCGGGAAGGAUACGGCAUGUGGUUGUCAAAUUUCCUUUUGUAGAGAAAGGUGAUAUGUUUGCCAAUGCUGAAAUAGUUGGUAGUAUGAAACCAAGAUGGUCGCUUCAUCCAGCCUAUAUGCAUACGUUUGGAAUAACGCAGAACUAUUUUGUCAUAGUGGAGCAGCCCCUUACAGUGUCAUUAAUAAACAUGGUCAGAAAUCAACUCACAAACCAACCGCUUAUAGCCAGUUUGAAGUGGUUUUCUGAAUAUGAGACUCAUAUAGUUCUAAUAAGUCGAACAACAGGCAAUGAAAUAAAGCGCUACAGAACUGAUACAAUGUUUUUCUUGCAUAUAAUUAAUAGUUUUGAACAUGAAGGAAAAUUAGUGGUCGAUCUGUGCGCUUAUAAAGACGCCAAAGUGCUGGAGGCAAUGUACGUAGAUGCUAUUGAGACAAUGCAAACAAACGCUGACUAUGCUGCAUGGUUUAGAGGCAGACCUAAAAGACUGGAGAUGGACCUAAACGAUCCCAAUAUGACAAAGAUCGAUGCAGAAUUAUUGGCAGAUGUUGGAUGUGAAACACCAAAGACUUAUUAUGAAAAAUACAACGGUCGUGCUUAUAGAUAUUUCUACGCCAUCAGUUCUGAUGUAGAUGCAGAGCAUCCAGGAUCAAUAAUCAAAGUGGACACGAAAACUGGUAAAGUAACGACUUGGUGGGAUGAUGGCUGUUAUCCCAGUGAGCCUAUAUUUGUGCCUCGACCGGAUUCUACGGAAGAAGAUGAUGGUAUACUAUUAAGCGCCAUUGUGUUCGGAGACGAGGAACGUCGGGUGGGCCUCUUAGUAUUGGAUGCAAAGAAUUUCCAAGAAGAAGCAAGAGUUAUUUUUCAAACUCCAUCGCCGGCACCUAAGUGUUUACAUGGCUGGUUCUUGCCAGCGAAAUAGUUGAAUAUUGGAAUAAAUUAUUUAUUGCUAA